GAAAUCAAUGGUUGAGAUUAUCAAGUCUAAUUUUUAAGUCUACUUUUUAAGUCUAUGUAGCAUUGCUCAAUAUUUAAUGCAUAGAAUUUUUUUCUUUUUCAACAGUUAAAGAUGUCUCGGUCAUCUGAUGUACACUCUCGAUCACUACAUCGAGAUUAGGGUAUUCAUGAAGAAUAAAUUUUUCGUCAAUUGAUUCAAAAGAUUGUCAAAAUUCAAAUUCAAGACAUUUUAGUUUACAGAUUAUAUUUGAUACCACUUGAACUACUCUUUACGACGAUUAAUGCGUAGGAUUCCACAGUAUAAUUUGGAAUUUUUGAUAAAUUUUUUGGUGAGCUUCAUUGCUCAAGUAGUCAAAUGGAAUUAAAAUAUACAAAAUUUUCAAAAUGUCACAUUUUUUGAGUCAAAAAUAAAAUCAAUGUUUAAGGAUAAAAUUGGUACAAGCCCUAAAUUUUAAAUUUUUAGGAUGAUUGAUGUUUUUUCUUUUCAUUGUAGGACCUCUUAAAUUCAAUUUUACAUUGAACCCUUCAAAUUCCGGCGAAAGCAAACCAACAUUGGAGUUGAACCCAUACUCUUGGACAAAGGUAGCCAACAUAAUUUUUAUAGAUCAACCUGCUGGUAGUGGAUUCUCUUAUGCGAAAAAAUGGGAAGCUUACAACAGCAGCGAUACGAGAUCAGCAUCACUAACAUAUGAUUUUCUUAGAAAGUGGCUUGUGGAUCACCCCAAUUUUCUGAACAAUCCACUAUACAUCUGUGGUAUCUCCUAUAUUGGCAUUGUUGUUCCAAUCGUUGUUCAGGAGAUAUACAAUGGUAAUGAAGCUGGAAAGGAGCCAAGAAUGAAAAUUAAAGGAUACAUUCUUUUCAACCCUCUAACAAAUAGAAAUAGUGACAUUAAUUCGAGAAUCCCAUAUGCUCAUCGUGUGGCACUUCUAUCAGACGAACUCUAUGAGUCAGCCAAAUCAAAUUGCCAGGGUGUGUACAUAGCAGUAGACCCCGACAACAGAUUAUGUGCAAGUGAUCUUGAAGUCGUAAACGAGUGCGUCGAGAAAAUCUAUUUUGAUCAAAUUUUAGAACCUAUUUGUCUUACUACAAUUUCAAAACCUAAUUUGCUGAGAAGUUACAGAAGCUCUCUUGAGGAGAAUCCCAUCGAUAUCAUCUGGUCGCUACCUCGACUUUCAGAACCAUGGUGUCGAGACAAUACUUAUAAAGCAGCUGCUGUUUGGGCUAAUGAUAAAGCUGUACAAAAUGCUCUUCACAUUCGUGAGGGGACUAUAAGAGAGUGGGUGCGAUGCAAUAAGAGCAUACAAUACUCGUUUGGUUUAAGUGAGACUGUGUCUUACACAUUCAAUGUCCCUAGUUCUGUUGACUAUCAUCGAAAUCUAACAAACAAAAAGUGUCGAGCUUUAAUUGCCAGAGAAAUGGAUACGUUCUUUAAAUCUGACCGUCGAAAGUGAUUGGGAGCCGUGGUUUGUUGAAGGUCAAGUAGCAGGAUAUACAGAAUCCUAUAUACACAACGACUACUCGCUGACAUAUGCAACAGCAAAGGGAGCGGGUCAUACAGGUCCAGAACAUAAACCUAAAGAAUAUCUAGCCAUGGUUGAUCGGUGGUUUGCUUUUUCUCCUCUCUAAUUGCCGGUGGCAUCUCCAAAUCAAUUCAAUAACUGUUUCUUAUGAAAUCUUUGUAGCUUUCUUACCAAGUAAUUGUAGCAUUUGUUAGUAAGCAUUGCUAGCGAUUGUUUCCUUUUUUCUUGAUGCUUGCUAGGAUCAAAAUUAUGUAUUAUUCCCACUGAAAUUACAAAUAUCUCGGUUUCAAUGAAAAUUGAAACGAAAUAGUGACAUUAAAUAUUAAAGUUUUUAUGUUUCUAAGGUUUUGGCCAAUGUUGGAGUAAUAAUGUCAUUUGUG